CACAUAGGUUAACCUACUCAAGAAAACAAUCCCAUUCCAUCCCGACUAACGUUACGAUCAACGGUGUUGCAUUUAUAUCGUCUACUUAUCAGAAUAUAAGGGAACCUAAAACGAUUUAUUUUGAAAUUAAGAAGAAUAUUUUUUUCAGGAAAUGUACGCCCGAUAGCUACGCCACAUUCCUCUGUGAUAGCUACAAGUCGCCAAUGUGAUGUUUUAUGGGGAAAGAGGCAUACGGGAACCCCAUUGAAGUAAUGAGGUGAAGAUGCACAAAGCAGGCUAAAGCAGCUGGCUACUAGCUACCUUCAUUACUCUACUGCAUCUGAGUCUUAAGACUGGGUCCUCCGGGUGUCCCCAUCCAAUGCUCCUGAAACGCCAUGAGCCACAGCUGGGGAGGAUUCACUACUCCAUAGACUGCCACAUCUCCUGCAGCCUAUCCCUCUCUGUCCUCGGGCUCCACCUGGCCCCGUCCACCCUUCCCCAUUGGCCGAGAUGAAGAAGGUGGGGCAGUGGUCGGCGGAGGAGGUGUCCCAUUGGCUGAGCGAGGAGGGGAUGCAGGAGUAUGGCGACUCCCUCCAGCAGACGGACGGCCCCGCCCUGCUGCGGCUCACCCCGGAUGACUUCCUGACCCCGCCCCUCUCACUGGUCUCCUCAGACAACGGACGGCAGCUCUUGGAACGGCUGGAGACCCUACGGAUCGAGCACCACAUUGAGGAGCACCAAAAAAAUGGCCACGCCAAUGGCCAUGGGAGGCUACCCAACGGCACUGCCAAGCCCCUGCGGAACGGCUCGCUGGGGCUCAACGGCUUCCGGAAGGAGAUGGUCCACAUCCCCAUCCCCAUGUCGGAGGCUGAACGCUCGGGGUUCCCCCAGGAGUGGGGCAAGACAGGCGUAGCAUUCCUCUACGCAGUCUGCUGCUUCGUCACUACCACUGUGGUCAUCUCGGUGGUCCAUGAGAGGGUGCCGGCCAAGGAGCACACCCCACCGUUGCCCGAUAAGUUCUUUGACAUUUUUGACCGGGUAGAGUGGGCCUUCUCUAUCUGCGAGAUCAAUGGCAUGCUGCUGGUGAGUCUGUUGCUGCUGCAGUGGACCCUGCUCAAGUACAGAUCAAUAAUCAUCCGUCGGUUCUUCUUCAUUGUGGGUACCCUCUACCUGUACAGAUGUGUCACUAUGUACAUCACCACUUUGCCUGUUCCAGGGAUGCACUUCCAAUGCUCUCCAAAGCUGUUUGGGAACUGGGAGGCUCAGAUGAGGAGGAUCAUAAAGCUGAUCGCCGGGGGAGGCCUGUCAAUCACCGGCUCCCACACGAUGUGUGGAGACUACCUGUACAGUGGCCACACAGUCAUUCUAACGCUAUCAUAUCUCUUUAUCAAAGAGUAUUCCCCUAAGAGGUUUUGGUGGUACCACUGGUUCUGCUGGACUCUGAGUGCGGUAGGCAUCUUCUGCAUCCUGCUGGCCCAUGACCACUAUACUGUGGACGUGGUGGUAGCUUAUUUCAUCACAACACGUCUCUUCUGGUGGUACCACACCAUGGCCAACCAGCAGGCGCUGAAAGAGAAGUCCCAGAGUAACCCGUUCUCCAGAGUCUGGUGGUUUCGACUGUUCCAGUACUUUGAGGAGAACGUCAAGGGCAUUGUCCCUCGAAAUUAUCAGCUGCCGUGUUCAUGGCGAUCGUCUCCGUGGAGCCUGGGGGUAAAGUACAGCAGAGUGGACACCCAGUGACCCAGGUCACGUGACAGGGGUGGGAGCUGAGUGAGAGACUUCCUGAAAUUGUGAUCCUCUGAAAGAGAUGGGAGAUGGUGGCAUGUCGUCAAGCCAGUGCUGUUCCCUUGACCUGUAGGGCUCAUAUCAGAAAAAUCCCUGUCCUGGCUAGCACUGUGACCGUAGUCUUACUUUAGCUCUACAAAUAAUUGUAUUUUGGAAAAGGUUUUUGAAAACGUAGCGCACUACUUUGAUCAUGUAUGUUUUUCUUGGAACACUUUGCAAUUGCUGCGUUGUCUGCAGCAGAUCUGGUUAAUAUUUCAAUAUUAUAUUUCAAUUAUUUUUGUUCGUUUUGACCAUGGCUGUAACAAGUAGUUUAGACUCUUUUUCUCUGAAAAUAAUUGGAGCAAUUCUGGUCCGAUAAGGUCUACCAAGUGCAAAUCAGGUCACUGAAAUGUUUAUUUGAUAACCAAAAUGCCAUACGUUGUCUGGGGGAGUUUUAGAUGCAAAACAUUUUUUUCUUUUUUAACAAAUUACUUUUGUCAACUACAACAUGGCAAUGGUGCAAAAAAAUAUUUUUUUUCUAACAAUUGCAACUUUAUUUUUCAAAACAAAUAAUGUCCCAAAAAAUAUUUUUAGAUUUUUACCUUUUUCAAGAUUGAAUGCUGAAAGCAGAAGAAUCUGUGGUAUUUAGAAUUUUUCCAGUGCCUUCCUUAGCUUGAUUGUACUAUGUGUCUGUGUUCCUCUGCCUCGCGCGUGUCUGUCUGGCUGCCCACAAGAUCGGCAUGAGGCGGUUCCAAAUGAUCAUUCAAGUCUUGUUCGAAUGAAUGUAAGAAUAAUAAUGCCAGCCUUGUAUGGUAAUUAGUCUUCCCAAAACCAAAAACAGUGAGAUGAGUGAAAUGUCCUGUCUAUUUAUUUAUGUUUUCAUAUAUAAUUAUUUUUUCCAUAGCCGGUGCUGUUAUAGCAGUUAUUGAAGGACCGUUAAGUUGUUUAGUAAUGUCCUAAUAAUUGAAUGACCCUUAGCCAGUCUUGACCGUGUUCUAAUCUUGUUCCAAUCCUAUUCCAAUCAUGUCCUUGCAAGACAGUAGUGCAUAGCUGCGGUCCUAGAGGGUGUUCAGUCCUCUAACAUGUCAUUAAGACUUUAAAUCUCAUUGGCUUGCUAAUCAUCUUGUAUCAAAGGUCUAGAUUAGUUGCUAACUUUGAAAGAAUGAUGAAAACCAGGAAACCCUCUGGAUCUCAAGGACUGAACUGGAGUUGUGUCUUUGUAAGAGAUACUGAAUCCCUCUUUUGUCAAACAGUGUUCUCCAUACAGACCCACAAUGCAUCUUUCUGGCUGUUGUAGACUUGGCCAAUAGAGCAGUGUGUUCCUGAAUGCAGCCUGCCAGAAUGUCUUACUGAUAAAUAGGGCCGGGACGACAACAGUAUCGCAAUAUGUUUUCCUUUGCAAAAAUGAAAACCCGAAGCAGAUCACGUCUUCGGUCCUUUUAAAAACCUGCUGUAUGUAAAAUAUUGUGUGCUAUAGCUUGGAAAAUAAAUACAUGUGACUAUAGAUGACAUCAUAAUGAUGUAUGUUUCCAACAUUAGGACUGUUUUCCUUAAGAAGUUAAUUCCACUUUGUGUUUUGUUUCCCUGCCACGAUACUAAGGAUUAUCGUGAUACUGGUAUCGUCCCGGCCCUACUGAUAAAGAAAAGCUUCUUGGGGUAUUUAUCUCUCUUAUUGACCUACAUGUUGAUCUUAGUGCGAUUCAGUGGUGAUAUGCCAUCUCUGAACUUUGACAAAUGUAUAGGGCUUUUGAAUGUUGACUUGUUUAAAAACAGAAGUUUGAGGCAAAGUUUCUGAGAGGUUAACUUGAGGUUGAAAGGGGACGUUGGUAAUUACGAUCAUGUAUUGGUACUGUCCUGAAUUACAUUGGCUGGCAAGUUUGUGCAAUGCCAAAAAUACUUUAGUCACAACUACCUACUAAAGAAGCUUACAAAUUGUACAAAGCUAAUGGGGUUAUCAAGUGGGCGAUAGGGGCCAAUUGCACAGUACUGGGGAUCUAAUGUACGGACACAUCCACACAACAGACAACGUACUGAUUACCAUGAAUGUGAAAAUGGUCUCUAAUGGUCCUCGAUACACUUGUGCAUUUAAAAUGAUUUGUGUUACCAUUCCAACAGCACAACAUGUUUUCUCUGUAGUACAGCUGGAUCGAGACUAAGAAAUGACCUCAGUUCAGCUGUCUGACUGGAGAGACUGAACUGGUAAUAACAUGGCACUUUCUGUUAUGAAAAACAUGCAACAUGGCCCAGUUAAAUGGAACUGAAUGGUGAGACAGGACAGGUUAAUAUAAUGGACCUCAAUUGUAUUUACUCUUUAAAAAGAGUUCUAGCCUCUAAUCAUUGUUGUACAUUUUUAUGUCAUGAUGUUUUCCUCUGGUGUCCUAAAGAGUAGCAGUACUAAAUCGAUAUUGAUGACAUCAUUUGAAUGCUGAAUUGAUGUGCUAUUUCUUCUAAUGAUGAAUGUCUUGAAGACAAAUGUAAUUUUGCCUCUUAGCUUGAGAAGGAGGCAGCGGUGGUUGUCCUCUAAAGAAAAGGUUGGGACACCUUCGUUGAAGGGGUAUAAGACCAUAUGUUUAUGGCUAAAGUUGAUGUACUUUAAUAUAAUGAGUUUAGCAUGUACCCAUGUGACAGACACAUUGCUGGUAUCUUAUUGACAGCUUCGGCUAUGUCAAAAGUUUAUGAAUGUGAAUGGCAGAUCAGAUGUCUAUGUAGGCUUAUUGAUGUAAACCUCUCUAAAGCCAUCUAUAGCUGUAACAUGAGAGGAGUUUGGGGAUAUUCCCCCUUAGCCCUUUAAUACAGACAUUUCUGUCUUAAAAAGGAAGCCAGUAGUGGUGGAAUGUUUGAACCAUUUCUGAAAUCCUUCGAUAUUUGAUGCACACACAUUAAGGGCCAUAUUUUGACUUGAAGUGCACAUACCUAAUUUAAACUGGGCAGUGAAAGUCGGAAUAUGUGCCUUGAUAAAUAUAACACAUUUUUGUAUCCUGGCCAUAGUUUGGGAGAGAAAUUAGUCCAUGGUUGCAAACUAAGCUGGAAAAACUGUUUUAUUUUAGAAUAAUGACAGCUAAUGUAAUUAUGUAUGUUUAUUUUGUGUGAAUCAACAAUACAAUUUGUCAUGUUUUUUUUUUGUGUAUACCAGAUGGUUGUAAGCUUUGAUAAAUUAAUAGGACAGAGAAUUAUAUCUGGUAGGCUUUCAAAUAAAACAAUUUAUUAAUUCAG